AUGCCACUGCUUCGUAAGAUCGAAGCAGGACUCAUCGCAAGUGGAGUCAGAGCCGCAAUCAGAAACCCAACCGAUUUUGCCAUGGUCCGAAUGCAAGCCGACGGGAGAUUACCAGCAUCUCAGCGGAGAAACUACAAAUCAGUGGUCGAUGCCAUUACAAGAAUGGCAAAGCAAGAAGGUAUAACCAGUCUUUGGCGCGGUUCAUCUCUUACCGUAAACAGGGCUAUGCUGGUUACAGCUUCACAGCUGGCAUCUUACGACCAGUUCAAGGAGAUUAUUCUCGAGAAAAGAGUGAUGAAAGACGGGCUUGGAACCCACGUGACAGCGAGUUUCACGGCAGGAUUUGUGGCGGAGGUUGUGACUAAUCCAGUUGAUGUGAUUAAAACAAGGGUGAUGAACAUGAGGGUGGAACCUGGUAAGGAACCACCUUAUGCUGGUGCUUUGGAUUGUGCAUUGAAAACAGUUCAUGCUAAGGGUCCUAUGGCUCUUUACAAAGGGUUUAUACCUACGAUUUCGAGGCAGGGUCCUUUCACUGUUGUUCUGUUUGUUACUCUGGAGCAGGUUCGCAAGUUGUUGCAGGAUUUCUGA